UCCUUUUUAUCUCUCUCUCUCUCUCUCUUUUUACACUGUUCGUGUGUGUGUGAGUAACUUUCUUUCUUCCUCUCUCAAAAUGGAUUCGUUCACUUUCGAUAACGUGAAAGCAGAGAAAGCCAAGGCGCUGCGGCGAUACAACCGCUUCCGCAGUAUCGGACGUUUCUUCCGUGCCGCCGAGGUCUGCGUCGCCAUCAUCUUCAUCCUCUGGACCUUUACGCGCCUUCCUUUCGCCGUCCAAAUCUCCAGGGAGUUCCUCCGCCGCAUCGCCGGCGUCAUAUCGACUCCACUCUUCGUCUUCCUCUUCGGGAACUGCAUCGUCGUUGCGCUCCUCGCCAAGUCCUCUGUGGAGGAGAACAGAGGAUCCACCCCCUCGAACGCAGAAACAGAAAUCUACGAGGCGUUGGUGAGAUCCAAGCCGUCCGAUGAGGAAGAAGAAGAGUUGGCGGAAGAGAUCGUUUACGACGACAAAGAGGUGGUCGUCGUCGCUGAUUCAUCAAAUAAUAAUAUUCCUCACGGCUUGGAAAUAGAUUCGGACACGUGUCCCGUUUCUGAUGAGCCUAAGGAGUAUGGAAGAAGCAAGUCCGAUGUGUGUUUAAAUCAUAUGGUCAUCCCUAAACCUUCUUCUCUCCAGAGAUCAGAGACUGAAAAGUGCAUUAGGACCGAUGAUAUUAAUAAUAACAAUAAUAAUGAUGAUGAUAAUAUGAAUAAUUAUGCAGAGGAUAACCUUAGCAACGAGGAGUUUCAGAAAACGAUUGAAGCUUUCAUCGCCAAACAGUUGAUGUUUCGUCGCCAAGAAUCUUUAGCCGUCGUCGUCCACAACAAAUCCUAAUUAUCAAAAAAAAAAAAAAGAAGAAGAAGAAGAAGAGGGGCAUCAGAUUCUAUUAUGUAGCAGCCGAAUCAACACUACGUAACAAACAAAGUUUUGUUAACCAUAUAUGGAAUCUUAUUUCAAUAUUCCUGGCUAGUGUGUAAAAAAAUCUCAUCAGUGCUCUCUCUAUGUACAGUAGUAAUUAGUUGCUUAUCAAGUAAGAUAUAAUAAUAUAUCUUUUAUUUA